AUGAUCAUGAGCGAGCUUGCCCUCAAAAAAGUCGAUCAGCGUCUCUUCUGGCCUAGCCAGACCGAGAGUGCUACGUUUGCCCGCGCCGACUCGCAGGAAUGGAUGGUCGGUCUGCAGACCGUCCUUGACGGUUUCUCGGAAUCUCAAGCGUCAUCCGCCAAUGUAUUCUAUCCUCGUGCAGUGCACGCCGGCCAGGAUCUAUUCUUUGAUGAACACCAAGGGCGGCUUCUGAUGCUGAUCGAAGACCGUUUGACUGUCGUCGUUGCUCCUCCUGCCGCCACCCAUACAUUCUAUGUCGACAUUCCCUUUGAGAAUAUAAGUGGCGUGGCAAUCUCAUCCGAAGUCGAACUGCGCCUAGAUUUGGUGAGCUCCAUUGGCCCCUGGACUUAUGUCGUCAACGCCGAACCAUAUAGCACAGAAGCAGUUUCGGUGGAGCUCGCAAGGGCCCAUGAAGCCCAACACGUUAUGGAAGAGGUCUGGCGAAGGUGCAGACCGGAAACAGCAUCUCAUCGGAAGGAGUUACAGUCAGCUCGAUCAUCCAGCGUCCCUCACGUGUUCGAUGGCAACCCGGGCUCCGAUGGCAUGGCCGUUGUGCCAUCGAAUACCUUAUUUUAUGGCGCUAAGGAGCCGCCGCAAGCUCACGAUGCAUUGCCAAUGAGAAAUACAGAGCAUGGUGCUGUUCAGGACGACCCCACUCAUGACGUGGCGCUCAAAGAUCAAGUUCCCGAAGAGCAAAUCUUCGACGAAGGUGUGUAUUCUAGAAAUGAUGGGCUAGAUGUUGAUGCGGUUGACCAAAUUGCGGUUGUACCUCCAGCCGAGUUGGCAAAAAUUGGCUUAGACGGGGGCACCAAAGAAAACGAUGCGCACCCCUCAAUGAAGGAUACGGAAAUGCGAACUGAGAAUGAAGACAGCAUCUACAGUCUUCCGGACGAGAGUCCAAAGCCAGUCUUCCAGUUGAGUCAGACUCUGAAAACGAAGGGGGGUGACACUGGGGCUACUCAGUCAGCUCCUCAGCCUCGAAAACGUGAGACGAAGGGGAGAACCUCUCAAGGUCAAGGACGAAAGCGCCAACCGGACCAGAAGAGAAACCCCGAGAGAAGCGAGGACGAUGAGAGUGAUGACGAAUAUCGGCCGGGUCAACACCAGAAGACCGUUCGCAAGACGUCAGGUAGAGUCACAAGAGCAUCGGCGGCUCGAAACACCCAUGUUACCGAAGCAGCUCAAACGCAGAUCGGAGGGUCCAUUCUUUCCAAGAAAGUCGCGGAGACACCGCCGAAGCCGGAAAUUGACCUGCUUCCUGUCAAGCAAUCAGUUGAUAGGACCAACCGAGAAGGUCAUACCGCAGUUGGCGAGAGAGCCCCUGAAGAUGACGAUCAUGUUACUCACCCCGAAGUUGAAGGCAGCGCUGCACAUGAGCAUCACGCAACCUCGAACUUAGAAAAUAUGGAGACAAAGGCUGUCGACCAGAAAGCGCCUGCGCGAAUGCCCAGGAUCAACCAGAAGCAAGAGACUUCCCCGGGAGCAGGAGGAUCUCAACAAAAUAUAGUGAUCGUGAGCUCGGACGAGUCUGACCUCAGCUCUUGGGAUCAAAAGGGAAGUCCAAGGUCCAAAAGUAAUAUCAACUUAUCAGAAACCCGUCUCGAGAAGGGAGACACGGACCCACUCGAGCAUACAGCCAGCUCUGCUGACAAGCCUACGAAGAAUACUGCAAAACCAAAAGGUAAUUUGCAGAAAACUGAGCCUGCACAGCGUUCUGUGAGGAAGAAGAAGACUGCAGCUUUACUCAAUGGGUCCGAGCAGCGAGGAAAAGCCGAAGUUCUUGAAGAAGGAAAUGUCCUCACAGCUUUGUCGAAGGCUGAUGGACAAAGUAACGGCACUGGAAACCGAGGUUUGCUUCAUCAAAAAAUCUCCAGGAAAUCACCGGUGCAUGUCUACGACCUGCACAAGCCAUCUAGUCAAGAAUACCAUUCACCACGCAAAACUCCAGACCCCACAAAGCCUAUACGCACAACCUACAGCGCGGGGAAGUCUAGGAAUAGGCCUGAAAAGGACAAAUUUAGCUCUCUGAUUGAGAAAGAAGAGCACUUCUCAAAGGCGGCUCCGGCCUCGAUAUCCCUGUUGCCUAGAAAGCGAUCCGCAGGAUUCGAUACUCCCCAAGGGUAUGGACGACGCAGAUCAAUGGACCACGAGAACAAGAUGGAAAGCAGUCUACCUGCAAUGCUGUUCGAGAAACGGAUGAAGAGAUAUGACGGAUCCUCAGAGCCAACAAGCCCAAGGAGCAUUGUCUCGCUGGGGCCGGAGAAUCCUGUGGAAGACUUCGACGGUGUCUCUGCGCCGGUUGGAUCUUCCUCCUCUUCAUUCGCUAAUCAGCCAAUAUCCGCCGCAUUCGAGCCGGAGUCAUCUCCACUUGCCCGUCAUUCAAGUAGAAACGCCCGUGUAUUCGGCUCGGAAUCCGAAAGGGAUACAAAGAGACCAAGCCGAAACCAAAGGCAAGAAAGUUACUUCGAUUCCGACGAGCUACGAGUUGAAGAGCCGUUGGAAGAUCAGACAUCUAGCCCAUCUUCCGCGACCUCCAUCCUUCGCAGCAUGCAUGGUAUGGAUUCAAACAGCGCCAAUGACGUAGAGCAUAACAACAUGCUGAACUUGCGGGAGUCUGCGAUUGAACCGGUCAGAACGUAUCGCGAGCCUGUUAUUCCUGCCGAAAGCUCCAACCUUCAGUUUUUCGACGCCAUUCCUCAGCGGGAUGUUGGAUCAGUGAAGCCCGAGAUCUCUCACUUUGAGCCGAAUGUGCUUGAUUCAUCUCGCCCUCGAGCAAAAGGUCUUGUAGGGUCUGAAAAGCGCCAGAUGGAAGACAGUGUAGCGCGACACAGUGAAGACAGGAUUCCGCAUGGACACGUCCUAUCGCAGCCAAAGCGAGUUGUGUCCAGUAAUAGCAAAAAGGUGCCGGAGCCUCCUGGAGCAGAUUCAAAGGCGAUAACAAUCAAUGUUCCUCAACAGUUGUUAGCAACGUCCAAGUCUUUGCAGACACCUGCUCGCCCUCUGAUAGACCCUUUCAAUGGGCAGACUUUGACUCCUGGCCAGCCAAAGGAUGAGACUAGAUUCAUUCGAAACCUUCGAAAGCAAAUGGAGAAGAUCAGGGCAGCUCAGAUCAAGUUGAAUGAUGGUGGUCUCGCAGCAGGAGUGUGCGCUGACAAUGACGACUCCGAGCGAACUCUGGUAGACAUGAUUGGAGCAGGUGUGGAGGAGGGCUCGGUCGAAGAUAAGAGCUCGACGGCGGGUUUCUCCUCGACGGACGCGGAGCCAAACGGUCACUACGAGGAGGUGGUAGAGGAGGUGGCAUGGGAGGAAUGUCUGAGGCCGCACCAAAGGGACAUUUUCGACGUUCUUACUCGCAUAUCAAGGGCAAGUACACCUUCUACACUCGCAACCGCAGUGCCAACUUCAGACUCGGAGACGGCCAUUGAGGACAUCUUACGGGACUACGAAGCGGAUGGCACGUACCUGAUCGAGCUGAUGGAGGAAACGCACCGUCAAGAGCAUGAAACACGCAGAAAAUGUCUUUUGGAAGCACGUACGCAUGUGGCGGGAGGCCUGUAUAAGAUCAACGAUCGGGUCAUAGAGCACGAGAAACAAGCUCGAACCGAUCUGCUCGACAAUAGCUGGGAAAGAGGGGCAUUAGUAACAAAAAAGCAUGUCCACCGCCUGGAGAGGAUGCUCAAGCAAAUGUCCGACUAG